AUGUCAAAAUCUGUUGCCAGCCAAGCUCCAAAAUGCCUAUUUUGCAAUGGUGAAAUGAGAAUAGCAACUUCAAAGACUGAUAAGAGUCGUGGAAGACGAUUCUGGAAGUGCAAUACAUCAUAUGUAAGGGAACACUUUACUGUGCUGGAUUUCUAUGGGAUGAUGAGAUCAACAAUGGGCAUUUGA